UCGAUCUUAGUUAAAAGCUUGGACUUAGCUUAGAACUUAGCAGAACUUAGUUAGCUUCGAGCCCCAAAAUUAUUUUAAAUGUAUUCAAACAUGUAGAUGUCAUAGUAACCGUACUGCAUAGUUAAAAUUAAUAGUGGGCCACUUUCUAUGAUUGAUGAUUAAUAAUUCCGACGAUGCAAACGAAAAAAAUAUAAAAUUCUACUUGUACGCUAUGGUAGGGAUGUUCAAAAUUAGGGUAAGCUUUCUGGAAUGAGAAUAAUACUGUAAUACGGUUCGGUUAAAAUAGAUGGAGAAGAGGAAGGAGGCGGAUGGAAACGAUGAUUAUGGAGGAUACAUCACUCAGCAGCAAUUUUGGAUGCGACCUUUAGUGAUGCAAGCUUUUCGUAUCGCUAGUCAGGAUGGAACGGAUAACUGGAAACUGUCACUGUACGAAAACUUUCAAAAAAGUUUAAAGGCCACGUGCCUAUCAGGUUCAAAGGUUACUGUAGGAGUAACCGGAAGCCAAAAUCACCCAACGAUUUCCCUUCAGUGGACUACGAAACUGCGCAGCGACGCCCCUGCAGUUGCGCAACUUGGGAAUCACCGCGCGAAUAUUACCAUGUUCCUUUUCCAACGGAUUUUCGAUGGCUGAAUCAAGAGUUCUAAUCUCCAAAUGCUAUCGUUUAAUGAUUCGCUUUCUAAGGGCAUACGAUCUUUACGAUCCGGAGAGCAAACUAAAUCCGUUUGAUCAAGGCGCUUGGGACAAAAUGAUUUGGCAAUACUGGACGUACAUCCAAUUCAGCACCGCAAAGGAGCAAACGAACUCUGCUUGUUUUGAUUCAAUUUACACAAACGCUUCAUUGCCACCUGUGCCGUUGUUUUUUUCUAAUGACACCGUUCUGAUCUCUUCGUUCCAGAACGGCAACCAUGAGUCGGAAGAUAGUAUUCCCGGGCCAAACCGAAAUGUGGCCAGAGAUUUAAUCAUGAAAUACUUCGUCCGUAAUCCACCGGUUUUAAAAUCAGUCCUUGAUAAAAAUUCAGCUGACCGAGAAAAAAACUAUUUUAAAGAACUCCACAAAGCACGAAUGCAACCUGGUCUCCAUUCGCAAAGCCUCCACGAGAUUUGUGUUAAAGACACAGGACUUCCCGAUUUAUACGCCUGUAUUCGAGAACGAGUAACCGCAAGUUGCUUACAACAGACUGAGCAGCGCCUUCAUGAGAUUAAUACCCAAACAUUCAAGCUAAAACAAAGGGGUUGUGAUAAUUAUCCCCAUUCGAAUGAGAAAACCAACAAUACUCAAUCCAGUGCGCCCGCAGUGCAUGCAAAACCAAAAUCUGCGCCUCUGUUAGCCCAGACCAAUCCCUUGAGCACUAAUUCUGCCGUCAGUGUGCAGAAAACACCGGCCGCAAAAUCCAUCAUAGAAAACGAGACAAAACAAGCUACCGACGAAAAUUAUUCCGAAAGCGCCCAAGAGGACAUGGACCCGGAACUGGAUGAAGAUUUUGGUACAGAAAGCAGCGAUCCAAAAUCUUUUCCAUGGAAUACGAAAACAGCCCGCGUAGCAAAUGCAAAAACUGGCACUGCUGCGAAGGGGAAAAAGUCGGUCGUGACGCAACAGUUGGACAAAGCUUCCCAAAAAGAAAACACCAAGCAAACCCCUGUAAAAUCUCCGAACAUCGUCCUAACUCCGGUGCCGACACCAGCAUUAGCUACGCGCAAAGAAGCGUUGCAAGUUGAAGAACGUUGUCAUGAUACUCUGUCGGGAUUUUCCAUGCUGAAUUUUUUAUCAAUGGCACUAUUACAUGCAGCAGCCGGGAUGAGUCAACUGGACGUGUACAAGAAUGCCGCGAGUUUUGAUUCCUUGUGUUCACGGUCUGUACGAUUUGGCGGGGAAUUCGUUAUUGCGGGCUAUAUACGUUAUGCCUCCGGAAAACAUGUCCUUUAAAGACUGGUACAAACUUGAACUACAGAUGGCGCUUUACAAGAUUAUUGACGCUGUACCGCUGGUUGGAGGUUCACAAAGUCUGCAUGAAACAAUGAGUGAAUGGUCAAAAUGUGGGACCUUUCGCGCACGGGUAGAAUCUAUCCGCGUUGCGCUGGAAGCCAUUGUGACAACAUUAAGGAGCAGCAAAAUCGAUUUUCGAUUAGGUGUUCAUUUUGUGCUUAAGCAUUGCCGUAAAUCCGACAGCCAGGAUGUUGUAUGCAAGAAAGCCCCUUCUGAAAGUUUAGAUGACUUGCUAAAGUCCUUUCCGGAAGUAGAAAUAUUAAUUGAUCCGUGGAGUUUCCAGACAGACGAUGUUGAAACCUGCGAGCUGCUUGGUGUACUGGUCAAAGACAAUAUCAACGUAUCUCGUCAAGUUUUUCGAAGUUCCCAGGACAGGGGUGAUGUAACCCGUUCUAUGGGGCGCCACGUUGAUGUUGGUCCGAAAACGUUAGUCAGUCAAAUUUUUGCACAAAUCAGGGAAGCCAAAGAUCACGCGAAUGCAAUCCUUGUGAGCUUUACCAACAGCCUUCAAUGGGAAACCAACGCGGAGCUUUUCCAUUAUGAAUUAGCAUUUGGGUUGCAACUUGAUAAUUUUGUUGCUUCCGGAUUUCAUACCGUGCAUCAGCGUAUAUUGCUGGAAAAGAUUAUUAAAUGCGAAGAAGCCUGCAAUUUAUAAAUCACAAAGAAAUCACGAGCCCAAAUUUAUCAUCAGUACUCGUAGGCUAAGAAGGUGCAUUAUGGUAUAGCAAAAACACACACUUUUAUAUUGAAGAAUUCCCCGCAGGCCGCAGUUAUAGUAAACCGAAAGUAUUUGUACAAUAAUCUAUAAAACCCAACUAUCAAAAGGCCCAUAUCCGCUUUCCAUCCAAUUUUCAACGCGGUCCAAAUAACACCGACCAUCUUUAUUAUGAAUGAUGGCUACAUUGCAAUCGGGAUACAACAGACAUAGGGUCUUGCAUAUGUCGGCGUUCGCACGCCCUUCCACAAGGUUCCAAUCGUCGCACGGUAUACCCGUCUCGCAGCUCGGACCGCGCUUUCCCGGAUGCGAAUUUGGUUGAUGCUGGAAACUCCGAAAAGGUCGAUCCGUUAGCAACUUCCAGUCACUGGACUGUACCACUUCAUAACUGCCGUAACCUUUGAAGCAACAUUUUGUCGGUGUGUCCGUUAAAGCAUACGCCACUAGUCGGCAAUUUAAAGUGUUCAAACAGUUCAUCCAACAGGCAGACUCAUUUAUGUUGGCAUCAUCUGCGCAUCCCAGAUCGUUUCCUUUGAAGUACCAACCGGAUAUUUCGAUUAGACGCGUGCCACUCGCAUCUCUGGAUAUCAUAAUACUUGCAGAAUAUGCGUUUUAUAGUACAUACAAUCAACUGCUGGACUG